UUUAAUGUCAACACUGCAAAAAGUACACACAGCGGUUACCGUAAAUAAAACGGUUCCCGCUGUUUGUGUGUGCGCGCGCGUGUGUAUCAUUGGCGUAUCCGCGCGACACCCCCCUCUCCCCCCUUCCCAACGUCACCGCUCUCCAUCACUAGCUAAGGGCUCUGGUUACAACCAGCGCUCACACAGACGUACGCGCGCGCACAGCCGCUAGCCAGCAGGCUAACUACAGUUUCCUCUUUCCCUACCGGCGGCGCGGUCGUUGCGUUCAAACUGUGUUUUCCCGGUGUUGUUAUGUGAAGACGUGACUCUCGUCGAAUAACGGAGAAUAUUUAUCUGCAUCUCUUCCUCGGCUGACCGGGAGCCGCCAUGGAAUGCCGCGUCCUGUCCAUACAGAGCCAUGUAGUCCGGGGAUAUGUGGGCAACAAGAGCGCCUCUUUCCCGUUACAGCUUUUAGGGUUUGAGGUGGACUCAAUCAACUCCGUCCAGUUCUCCAACCAUACAGGAUAUUCUCACUGGAAAGGUCAGGUCUUGACAGCAGAUGAGCUCCACGUUCUUUAUGAGGGGAUCAAACUGAACAACGUACAUCACUAUGACUAUGUUUUAACAGGGUAUACCAGAGACACGUCCUUCUUGGAGAUGGUGGUGGACAUCGUUCAGGAGCUAAAGAGAGCCAACCCCAACCUGGUGUACGUGUGUGACCCUGUCCUUGGAGAUCAUGGAUCUAUGUAUGUUCCUCAGAAUCUUUAUCCCGUCUAUAAGAACAAGGUGGUUCCUGUUGCUGACAUCAUCACUCCUAACCAGUUUGAGGCUGAAUUAUUGACGGGGAAAAACAUCAGCACAGAGAAAGACGCUGUAGAGGUAAUGGACCUCCUCCAUGCGAUGGGCCCAGACACAGUUGUUAUUACAUCCUCUGAUCUUCCCUCGAGACUGGGAGACCGCUUCCUGGUGUCAUUGGGCAGCCAGCGUCAUGUUCGUCCAGAUGGCAGCAGGACAACACAGAGAGUGCGAUUAGAAGUUCCCAAAGUGGAUGCUGUCUUUGUAGGAACUGGAGACUUGUUUGCUGCUAUGUUGCUAGCGUGGACACAUCACUACCCCACUGACCUAAAGACGGCCUGUGAGAAAACGUUUUCAGUGAUGCAUCACGUUAUCCAGAGGACCAUAUCCUACGCUCACGAGUUAGCAGGUCCUGGUCGGAGGCCCAGUCCGCCCCAGCUGGAGCUGCGGAUGGUCCAAAGUAAAGCUGACAUAGAAGAUCCUGCUAUAGUUACGGAGGCCACAGUCAUAUCCUAACAUUGCCCACCCAUAAGACUCAUACUAACCUCUCCACCCAUAAAUCUCUCAGCUCCUGUAUCUCGGUAAAUCUCUCAUUACUGUAAACCUUGACUGUCAUUGCCUAACUUCAAUAACUCAUCAUCCAGACUCCUCAAACACCUUAGUAUUGUAAACCCUUUAGUCCUUUAACCCUUUGAAGUCCUCAGUGUCCUGAUCCCUAACUUAACCCUUAACCCUGUUUUGGAACCAGAGCCAUGGAUAGACAGAAGGUUUGGUCAGGGUAUCCGAGAGGACUUUGCAGCAGCUCUUUAGAAAUUUUUUGGGCUCUCCAGAUGACUCAGAUAGUGAACUUCCACAAGCACAAAAUGUCAUAUGUUAAGGUUAAUGAGAGUGAUGGCUUAAAAAAAGCAUCCAGUAUUCAGUCAUCUGCAUGACAGUGGAAUUGAUUUGGAGCUGGUAAACUGAGAUCUGGGCAAAAUUCAUAACUUUUAUAGAAAACAUGGGAGAGGUUUUGUCCUUGGAGUGCUGCUAGGAUAAGUUAUUAGUCUUACUUCUGGUUUAAAAUAAUAUUUUACCAUAUUUUAAGCUUCAUAAGACUGAUUAGUAAGUCUUAUCAAAAAGUUCUCAUGGAUAGCUUGAUAACGAUCUCGGGUUCAGAGUUUCUGUGGUUUCUCGUCAGUGUGGCUUUGGUUUUUUUGCCCCUGUAGCCACACUGAAUAGUGAUGUCAGUGUAUUUUGAUGCACGUCAGUCUAUCCACACUGACCCAGCUGCUGAAUAACUUUAACAACAGGGUCUCCCACAGAGUCAGAGUGUAUUUGUGGUGUUAGUAAGGGUCAUGCGCACGUGUCAACAACGUAUGUACGUGCACGUGAAAAUAGGUGUACCCAUGCUUUCUUAAAAAAUAAAAAAAAACGAUAAAGAAUACAAACUUUUUCAUAGUCAAUAGCAAUAAUUAGCUGCAUCUACAGGUCAUCCUUGUUCUGCUCUGCAGUGAGCUCAGCGUAGGAGCAGUAGAAACAGUUCUCCACCUUCUGCAGGUUCUGAUUAUUUAUUAAAAAUUAUUUAAUUAGGAAAUGAUGGGAGAGUAUCUGAGUGUACUGGGACUAGAUGGGUAACAUAAACCUAUCCCAACAAGUGAAGACUUGUAAACUCCACAUGUGAGCUUCCUGCAUGGAGUCAACCCUCUUGAUGUGAGAAAACAGUGCUGCCAAGCAUACGGCUGACCUCUGGGUCAAAGCUGAUUUUCAGAGCAGAACAAGAAUUACUGUCAACAGCUGACUUGGAGUACGCACGACUGUGGGACGAGAUCUUUUUGGCGGAUGUAGUUGAGUUAUGGAACGUAUGAACAUACAUGGAGCAUAUCAUGGGACCUGGAUCUGGCGAGUAAGUUGGUUGAUAGAGGAAGAAAGGCUUAGAGGGUCAGGGUUAGGAGUGACUUACCUUUCAUCCAAAGAGUGAGGCAGUUGUCCACGGAUAAAAAUUAAAAAAUGGUUGCAAAUUAUAACCGGGCAGGCCGCCCAACUAAAGUCCCUUUGUGAAACCACUGAACAAGUUCUCCAAAACUCUACCUCAAAAUUAUUUAACUUGCCUACUUUAUUGCUCUAUUACUGCCACCCUGUUAAACCGGCAUAUUCUGUUUAUUUCUGACAGUGUUGCACUCUAGAAGUGGUUCUCCACACCCGACGCCAAGUUGCAAGACUCUAAAGAUCAAACACUGUUUUUCUAUGGCUCUGCCCACUCUUUUAAUCCCUUACCCGUCUUACAGCAGUGAUGUAAUGGUGACCAAGUUUAACCCCUGAGAUCUCUUGAAAAAUAUGAGAAAACAAACAAAAAAAAACGCACAAUGUAUAGAUGUUGUACUAUAACUGUAUUGGACCAUCUGUAUGAUAUCUUCUAUCUGAUCUGUCUAUUGGACCAUUGUGUUGAUGCUACUGUACUAUAGACUACACGCACUACAAUAUCACUCAAACGAGACGUCCGGGUUGGUUGUGGCACUUGCAGACGCUUCAGUGCCUCUAGUUGUUGUCACCUGAUAGUAACUGUCUAAAAAUCAUAGUGUAUAGUUGAACCCUUUUCAUCUUAGCACAACAUGAAAAAAAAGGGCAACCUGAGCGGCCUGAGCUGUCCCCAGCUGAUUGUAGACCACUCAGAAAUCGGCCACCUCAGUGCCAGAACCAACCCACGUCACGCCGGACGGCUGCCGGCCCAGCUCUCGCCCAGAACUCUAUAUCUGAAAGUUGAGCCACUGAAUUUACUGGAAGCCUCGAGUAGUAUUGAUAACAUCUACAAGCUCUGUAAACUUUUAUUUUUAAAAAUGAGCUUUUGAUUCCCAUCACACUCCACUGUGGUCUCUGUCACGUCUUAAUCUGUACCAGAAACCUGAAUUAGUCUAUGCAUGUGCAUAUGCAUUCCUAUUACCUUUAUGUUUAAAAGUAGUUGUUAGCUGUGUUAUGUAGAAAUCGUUCUGUUUGUUUUGGGUGCAGACUAGCAGUAAAAGUAUUUCAACCAAAUGCUGUGAGUUGAAUCUUGAAACGAAGAUUAGUUUUGCACUAAACUAAUACAGUUAAGUCAUUGUUAGUACAGCUUAGUCUGUUCAAACAGUUUCAGUUAAAUCAUUAUCUUACAAAUAUCACAAUAUAAACUAUUUUCCAGAGCUAAAAGUGAUUAACAAUAAAUGUGUCCCAAACCUGCCUCUCUAAUUUUUAGUUGCACAAAAAGACGAUAAUGGGAUAUAAAGUCAAGUGUCAGGGUUUCGAAAUCACAGUAUCAGCGUUUGAAUUACAUUAAUAUCUGUUAUAAAUGAAAAUAUAUUUUAAAUGGUAAAUCAGGUCAUCCUUUGUGUGUCUUUCAGCACAUGGAUUCUGAUGGAACUUUUACACUUCAUCACUUUACCCUCAUUUUUGUGGUAAAUCUGUUUUCGUGGAUUCACUUUGCUUUGUUAGUAAUUCACUUCUUGUUGUUUUUUUGGGACCAGUUACAAUUCCCCAACAAUCAAGAGAAGUAAAAUAGUUCCAGGCCAAUUUAAAGUCCUCAGUUAUGCUAGAAAACCAGUGGUGGUAUUAUAACCUGUAGCUUUUCCACAGUGGAACGUGAUGGGAAGGGUGAGAGGAGAGCAAAUGGCAACAGUGGUCAUGAGCUGGUUUCAAACCAAUGAUGUCGCAAGAACUUGGGAUGUGCCUUAGCCCACUGCGCUACAAGGGCACCACAAGAAAGGAGAUUUUAGUUUUAAAUUACCUCCAGAAUCUUUUUUCUCCUCAAUUUUGGAAAGUGUGAACCAAAUAUUCAGAGGCUUGAAAAAAACGAGAAAAAAAAACAGCCAGAAGCCAUCAGUGAUCCACCUGAGCUGGAUGUAAGGUUCUGGGCAAGUCAGUGUAUUUCUGUACUGCUGUUGUUUCUCUAUGGACUGUACUGUGAUACUGCCUUAGGAAUCUAACAUCAUAAUACCACAAUACUACUCACAGAGAGGAGGAGGGGAGGGAAGGAAACAUGAGAAGUCUUAAAUGUAGGUAAAUGUUCGUGUGUUUAUCUUGUUUUUAGGAGUGCAAUUACUGGACUUAUUGUCUGGUUUACAAAAUUGCAGAAAAUUGACUCUAAAUCGCUUUUAAUUCCAACUAAAACAAUGAAACCCCAAAAAUAUAAAAUUCAGUAAAUAUUUGUAAAACAGUAAUUUUUGCUUUUUUCUGGGUGAAUGACUAAUUUGAAAUUUCAGUGUGGGUCAGGUUUAUUAAUAAUGAUCCAAAACUAGACAGAAGUUAGAAAAAAAUAACUGAAUGAAAGUCACUUUAUGAUGUCAUGGAGCUCCGUGUGUGUGCACUGCUGAGAAAAUGAAUGCAGAGACUUUGUGAGCUUUGCAGUUUGCGUUAUAGAGCAGUCAGUGAUUUACCUGCCUGCAAACCUCAGCACAAAACAGUUUUGUUCACCACUUCUAGAUUUCCACCUGCACCAUCGUAACAUCUUCCCCUCCAAAAAGUGGAACAUUCCUUGUGAGAUUUGUAAAAGCCUCACAAGGAAUAGGUACAAAAUAUAGCAUACAAACAGUUAAUUAACCGUUUGCAGUUAAUUAAAAAUGGAUUUCAUUUAACUCAGAUUGUUAAUAAAUCUGUCCCUAAUUGAUUUGUCAUUUGGGAACUGCAGUGUUGUACACUCGUGCUCAGAGGUAAUCUGAAUGCACCUCUUGGACAAAUAGGUGGGAAAAACGAUCUCAUUUGUAAAACACUUUUGUACCAGUACAGUUAUAUUGUGUCACUGUAGCACUGAUUGUCAUAUCAGUAACAGACUUAAGGAGUCUGUGCAUUUUGCCAACCGUCUUUCAGCUCUGCUAACAAACCCGACCGCUGUAACACUGGAUCUAAUCGCAUCCACCUGUUGUGUCUUUGCUCGUGGGAGAGUGUGUGUGUGUGUGUAAAUGUCGUUUAUGGUAACAGGGUUCUGUGUGUAUGUGUGUCUGCGCAUGUAAAAAUGAAAGAGCAAAUACAUGGAAAGAAAAUCUGCCAAAUGUGGGCUGAAGAGGAGGGGGAGGUUAAAAAGUAAAAGGAACGCUUUGGUUAAGAUGAGGAGGGGAGGAGAGGUGUGUUCAAGAGGACAAUCACUCCCUUUCCCCCAGCUGAACAUUUAGAGGACUGCUCGGAGAGGGAACUGAAUCCUAAUUGUUUCCUUGAUGCCUCACUUUGCUUCUUCUUCUUCCUUUACAUCCUCCAAACCUGUGCAAACCCCUGCAGUGCCAGUUCUUGUGUCCGUAUUGCUAGUUUUUAAACCUUAGCCUUGCCGUGUGCGUGUUCGUUAGAUGGUUAAACUGUACUUGCACUGUUUCUGCUGUCACUGCUUUGUCACGCCACUGUUCCCUGUUCUCAACGUGCCUCAGUGUCCAUGUUGUUGCUGUCUGUCCUGCUCACGCUGCUUUCAGUACGUCCAGCUGCUUCAGAUUCCUCCGUUUAAUUUUGACUUGGUUAAAAAAAACAAAAGAAGCAGGUUUGGUCUCUGGCUGCUUGUUCAUGGUAACUGUACAGGGGUUGAGUUUUGUAGGCAGCAGGUGUUGCUAAUCUUUUGAGGGGUUUUUGUUCACUGAAUCUGGUUAUUAUCAUUAAAAACUAAUUGCUGGAUUUUAGAUUUUUUUUAAAUAUUAGUUUGCGUUGAAAUACAACCAUUUUAUGCGUUUUAGAUGGAGGGGUGAUGUCGCCAGUGAAGUCUUGAGUUUAUUGAAUUUAACUGUUUGACACUUUGCCAUGAGAUCAAACUGGAGGCUCAGACCAUCCAAAACAUUGAGGUUUACACCUGCUACUGACAUGCUUCUGUUUGUGCACCGAUACGCUCAUUGUCGUGUGUCACGUUUUUAAAGUUAACUGCAGAUCAGACGGCCGGUGAGGAUUCUGAAUGUUUCACUGAAGUGGAACCCUGUGUGAUUGGAUCCUUUGCCUCUCUGUCUCUGGCUUACGUGGUCAUGUGACUCAUUCCUGCGUGGCUAUCCAUGCUCUCCCGUCCUCAUACCCCAGCCUCCCCUCGUCCGUCUUGGUUUAGUUAUGAAUUGGCUGCCAUUAAAAACUGCAACAGCCCACCUGUUUGUGCCACAGUGGUCCUCUCCUCCUCUACAUCCACAGGUUCAACUCCACCAUCUUUUUUUUCCUUCUGUUCUUGGUGGCCAAAAACAAAACGAGGAAAUGUAAUAAUCAAUGUUUGGUAACUGUUUUUAGUGCUAUGUUUUUGGAGCGUUACGAGUAUUUUCUAACAUGUUACAAUAAAAGAUUGUAGUGUACAAAUUCACAUUUAUAAAAUAUAUAUAUAUAUAUAGAUAUAUAUGAGAAAUGUAUGUUCUAAUGCAAUAAAGAGAGAUUAAGAAUUACAAA